CCCUCAAUCAAGGUUCAUCCCCCCCAGACUCUCUCGUGUAAACAAAAGUUAUACAAGUGAACAUUCGUAUUCUCGUACGCUGUUAUUUAAGAGCAUGAUGACACGCGUAUUAUUGGUAGGAGGAGGCCUUACCAGUGCUCUUACAGGUGCUAUAUUGAGACGAGAACUUCCGCAUGUAGAGUUGGUAUUAUGGGACAAAUCCAGAGGGGCAGGAGGACGGAUGGCCACUAGCCGGAGCCCCCACGAUAAGGAAUGCACGGCAGACUUGGGUGCUCAGUACAUAUCAGCAACUCCUGAAUAUGCAAAACUUCACACUACUUAUUAUGAAGAACUGAUAAAUGCAGGAGUGUUAGCACCACUAACUACAAAAGUGGUUGGCAUGAAAGUCACAGAUGAAGGCACAAAGCAUUAUGUAACACCAAGUGGAGUAUCAUCCAUUGUGAAGCACUUUAUGAAAGAAGCUGAUAUUGAUGCAAAAUUUGGUCACCAUGUUAGUAGUAUAGAAACAAAUGAUGGCAAAUGGAACGUCAAAACUCAGCAGGGAGAAGCAGAUAACUUUGAUGCAGUUGUACUCACCAUGCCUGUGCCGCAGCUGUUUGGCCUUACUGGAUCAGUCAAGGAACUUUUAGAAAAGGAUGAGAAACUACGCUCAAAUUUACAAGCAGUUGAUUAUAGUUCUCGUUAUGCAUUAGGCCUGUUCUAUGAGAAGGGCACAUCCAUUAGCUUAAAGGACAGUGAAGCAUCGGCCCAAUAUGUUACAAAUGACCCAAUUAUUCGCUUUGUUGCAAUUGAUAAUCAGAAGCGAGGUGCAGAAGAUAAUGCUCCAUCAGUUGUGAUACAUACUUCAGUGCCUUUUGGCAAAGCUCACGUGGAAAAGACACCAGAGCAGGUGCAGCCCAUGCUAGUUAAACGCGUCAAGGAAAUGUUCCCUGAAUGGCCAGAACCAAAUUUCAUUAAGUGCCAGAAAUGGAGAUUUUCUCAGGUUUCUUCAGCAUAUCCUGGUCUCCCAGGAUGUGUAACGCUCUCUGAUGGCUUAGUUGUUGGAGGAGAUGGAUUUACUCAUUCCAACAUGGAUGGCUGUAUAGAAUCUGCUAAGGCCAUUGCAGCAGCUGUUGUCCAGUAUGUUAGUAAAUGUAAACACAUGAUGUCGAAGGUCUAAUGGUGCCGAGAAAGGAACAAUGGUCUAGAUCCACCAAGACAUCUUGGAUUGGCCAAAGCUGACUGAUUGAAGUUUUAGAAGAAUUUUUAUAUUAUUUAAUGGGAAAUAUGUACAGAAGAUAUAAUGAAAUCUACGAAAAUACUCCGGUUCAUA